ACUGCUUUUCGCAAUGUUUACGACGUAAGCAGAAGUUGCGCGGAAAAGACCGAGAUUAGUUUAUUUGGGAGCCGAUGAACUGGAGAAUGUGGAGCGUGAGCCGCUGAAGGAACGACUCCAGACCCAACCAAUCCAUCCCAAUCUCCAAAGUUGAAAUGCUGCCCACAUACGAGCGUUUUAACGAUCCCAAAAGCGUCUUCUUCCGGCUUCCCUUCUCAAGACUGGCACUGGUGGCUCUGAGUUUGCCCCUCGGAGGAUUCUUCUUCUGUGUGAUUUGGUCGCUGACCUUUGACUUUGUGAGGAGCACCUACACCCACUGCGAUGUGACCAACUAUCUGCCCUCCGUUUCGGCAGCCAUUGGGAACUAUGAGCCGCAGAAAACCGUUUGGCGAUUGGCCAUCUUCCUUCAUUUACCACUUCGUUUGGCGGUGGCCAAAAUCUACCUGGAGCACUACCGGGAACAUAUCCGUAGGAGCCGGAGAUUGCUGGGCAUCCUGGCCUGCUUCCUGAAUGUCAUCGAGGACUUGGCCCUUUUCUGCCUCUCAUUUUGGACCUCCGCGGAUCACUAUGAAACGCAUAGGAACGCCUUUGUGGUGUUUAUAGCCUGUUCCGAGUGUUACAUGCUGGUAUCCUACCUGCUCAAUAGGAACAUCCGGAAAACCGUACUCCUGCCACACGAGGAGAAAUCACUCAGAUACAAGAGGAACCUGUUUCUGGUGAAUGUGGUGGCCUUUGGAUUGGCUGGCUACUGCUUCGUCAGGCACAAUUCCCAUUGCGAGGCGGGAGUCUAUACCUUUUUUGCCUUGUUCGAGUACAUCGUAGUGCUGACCAACAUGGGCUUUCACAUGACAUCCUACUGGGACUUUUACGCCCUCAACGUGGUGUGCGAUGCCAAGCACGGCCUUUACCUAUCCCAAUUAUAGAUCAAUUGCAAGGUCAAUAGCCACAACGCCGCCAUAUCAUCCAGCCAGCCGCCGAGGUGUUUAGCUUAGGCUCAAAGUUUACUUAAUUUUACCAAAGGAACCUGCUUCCGAAGGACUCCGACAGGAAACGAUUCAGUAUGACAGGAUCUACACACGCUUUUAUUUAAGGCUUUCACCCGUUUAUUAAUGGUUCUUUAAUAAGCUUGUAAGCUUAAAAAGUUUGUAAGGAAUCUAGUUAAAUUCGAACCGUGUUCCAUUUUUAUGUAAUGCAAUAUUUUUACACUUGCUCUUGGAUAAGAAAAAGGCUUUAAGAAUAUUCUUUUUUAUACAAAACGCAAAACGCAAUUUAAAAAUGGCUUUACGGAUUUUAAUACUUUGU